AUGCGCUCCCUCUGCAGCUUCGUACAAACUGCUGGUCAACUACGAAAUACAUUCGCACGAAAGAAUACCUUUAUUUCCCUCCGAGCAUUUACUGCAUCUGCACACUUCUACAAGUACCAAGCUCCAAAAUUCCAGGGACAGAAACAGCAGGACGCAACCAUGGCGACUACUACUCUCAAGGGUCAGCCCUUCGAUAGGCAGACUAUGGAUUCUAUGCUCAGGCGGCGCAUGUUUUACACCCCCUCCUUCGAGAUCUAUGGUGGUGUCGCUGGUCUGUACGAUUAUGGGCCACCCGGUUGCGCACUCCUCACAAACAUUAUGGAUAUAUGGCGCAAGCAUUUCGUUUUGGAAGAGGAUAUGUUGGAGGUGGAUUGCCCAGCUUUGACCCCAGAGCAGGUCCUCAAGACCAGUGGCCAUGUUGAGAAAUUCGCCGAUUGGAUGUGCAAGGACCCAAAGAACGGCGAUAUUAUCAGAGCGGAUCACUUUGUGGAGGAAAUCUUGGAGUCGCGGUUGAAGGGUGACAAGGAGGCCAGAGGUGUCAAGGUUGUAGAGAAGGAGGACGACCCCAAAAAGAAGAAGAAGAAGGUCAAGGGCGCGAUUGAGGCUGUUAAGCUUGAUGAUGCCAUUGUGAAGGAAUACGAGGAGAUUCUGGCAAAGAUCGACAACUACAAUGGGGAGGAGUUGGGUGCUUUGAUCAAGAAGUACGAGAUGAAGAACCCCGCUACUGGCGUUGAACCCUCCCCACCUGUGGCCUUCAACCUCAUGUUCCAAACUGCUAUCGGUCCCAGCGGUAAUCUCCAAGGUUACCUCAGACCAGAAACCGCCCAAGGUCAAUUUCUCAACUUCGCCAAACUCUUGGACUUCAACCAACAACAAAUGCCAUUUGCCUCGGCCUCAGUCGGCAAGUCUUACAGAAAUGAGAUCUCGCCUCGCGCCGGUCUACUGCGUGUCCGUGAAUUUCUGAUGGCCGAAAUCGAGCACUACGUCGACCCAGAUGGUGGCAAGAAGCACGCUCGUUUUGAUGAGGUCAAGGAUGUUGAGCUUGUUCUGUUGAAUAAGGAAACACAACUGGCCGGCAAGACGGAUGUCGCAAAAGUCUCCAUUGGGAAGGCUGUUGCUGAUGGUACCGUCGACAACGAGACCUUGGGUUACUUCUUGGCCCGAAUUCACUUGUUCUUGGAAAAGCUCGGUGUUGAUCAGUCCAAGAUCAGAUUUAGACAACAUAUGGCGAACGAGAUGGCUCAUUACGCUGCUGACUGCUGGGAUGCCGAGCUUCAGACGAGUUAUGGCUGGAUUGAGUGCGUUGGUUGUGCUGAUAGAAGCGCGUACGAUCUCACAGUCCACGCAAAGAAGACUGGUGCUCCAUUGAUGGUUCGCGAGAGACUGGAAACCCCGAUCACCAUUGAAGAAUGGCAAAUCGACCUUGAUAAGAAGAAGUUUGGCCCGUUCUUCAAGAAGGAUGGUAAGACUGUCGAGGCUGCUAUCGAGGCUUUGCCACAAGAAAAGAGGGAAGCUCUCGCCCAGGAUCUUGCCACAGAUGGCAAGAUCACAAUCGAAGUUGAGGGUGUUGGCAAUGGCAAGGUAGAGGUUAGCAAGGAUUUGAUCGUGAUCGAGCGCCGAACCCGAACAGAGAACACAAGAGAGUUCACGCCUAACGUUAUCGAACCAUCAUUCGGUAUUGGCCGCAUUCUUUAUUCUUUGAUCGAGCACAACUACUGGACCCGAGGUGGCAGCGAGGGUGGUGAUGAAGCACGUGGUGUCCUCUCCUUCCCUCCACCAGUAGCACCCACAAAGGUUCUUCUCGUGCCGCUCUCUAGCCACGAAUCCUUCAAGCCUCUCCUAAAGUACAUGUCUCUCAAACUCCGCGCCCUCGGUGUCUCCAGCCGUGUCGACGAUUCCUCUGCAUCUAUCGGUAAGCGCUACAGCCGUAACGAUGAGCUGGGCACACCUCUCGGCAUCACUAUCGAUUUCCAGAGUGUAAAGGACAAGACAUACACGCUACGUGACCGUGACUCGACGAAGCAGGUUCGAGCCGAUGAGGAAACUAUCCUGAAAGCUAUCAAGGCGCUGGUUGAGGGUGAGAAGAAGUGGGCGGAUGUAGAGAAGGAGUUGCCUGCUUUCGAAGGCCAGGAAGCCGAACUACCAGUCAGAGAGGAGAAGUAG